GUCCUCCUCAUCCAUCCGCCAUGGCCAUUCCCAAGCCCUUGAAGGUCUACUUCCUCCCUUUCUUCGCACAGGGCCACUUGAUUCCUCUCUCUCAAUUCGCUAGGCUUUUUGCUGCCCGUGGUGUCCACGUGACUAUCAUCACCACUCCCUUGAACGCCGAAUUUAUUCAGAAAUUCAUCGACCAGGACAAGAGCUCCGGCCACCGCGUCCUCAUCGACAUUCACACCGUCAGGUUCCCUUCCCAGGAGGCCGGUCUUCCUGAAGGAACCGAGAACUUCUUCAACGUCAAGGAUGUUGAUACUGGUGUCAAAAUGUACAUCGCCGCCGCCAUGCUCCGCCCACAUGUCGAGCCCUUUAUCGAGCAAAACCCGCCGGACUGUAUCGUCUCGGACUUCCUAUUCACUUGGAGCGGUGAGCUGGCCUCACGUCUGGGAAUCCCAAGGCUCACCUUCAAUUCAUUCUGUACUUUCGCAGUUUGCAUGAUUGACGCUGUUCACAAGCACUUUAUUGACAAAGACUCUUCGGAUUCUCUUGACGAUCAUGAAACCGAUCCAUUUGGGGCAGUAUCUAAACCUUCAGAGUCUCAUGAUCACGAAUAUCAUCAGUCGGAUGAACCCUUCGUGGUUCCGGGUCUUCCCCACCCGAUUUCACUCACCCUCCAGCCUCCUAAGAGGUUUUCUAAGGAUCUCGCAGCACUAAACGCUGCUAUGAAAACCAGCUACGGGCUCAUCGUCAAUAACUUCAACGAUCUGGACUGUAAAGAGUACGUCGAUUAUUACCGGAAAAUUAGUGGGCACAAGGUUUGGCACAUCGGCCCAGCUUCUCUGAUGCUGCGAAACACGCUACCUCAAAAGGAUCAUCUUCUUCAACAUCAACAAACAAGUGAUGAGCAUGAAUAUAUAAGAUCAUGGCUCGACUCUAAGAAACCAAACUCUGUCGUCUUCAUCGGAUUUGGAAGCCUAUGUUAUUUCCCUGACACCCAGCUCUUUGAAAUAGCAUGCGCCAUGGAAUCUUCUGGGCAUUCCUUCAUCUGGAUGGUUCAUAAGGAAGACGAUGAAGAAGGGAAGAAAGCAUGGCUGCCGGAGGGGUUUGAAGAGAGAAUGAAGAAGGAAAACAGAGGGUUGAUCCUGACAAAAUGGGCCCCACAGGAGCUGAUACUGAACCAUCCGGCGACCGGAGGGUUUCUGACUCACUGCGGGUGGACGUCGUUGACGGAGGCGGUGGGUGCGGGGGUUCCGUUGAUCACGUGGCCGAUGUUCGCGGAGCAGUUUUAUAAUGAGAAGCUGAUAACGCAGGUGCACGGGUUUGGGGUGGAGGUGGGUGCAGAGGAGUGGACCCGCACGCCUUAUGAUGUGAUGCAGAAGGUGGUGAGUAGGGUGAAGAUAGAGAUUGCUGUGAGGAGGUUAAUGGACGGUGGAGAAGAAGCUGAAGGGAUCAGAAGGAAAGCCAGAGAUAUGAGAGACAAAGCCAGAGAAGCUGUGGAAGAAGGUGGGUCCUCCCAGAGGAAUUUAACGGCUCUGAUUGAAGAUCUUCGAGACCUUAGUGUGAGCCGGCGUGCACAUUAAUUUGUGGACUUCAAAAUAAUACAUCAGCCUUUGGGUCAUUAAAAAAAAAACAAGAAGAAGAAGACUUGGAGUCAUAAAUGAAUGGAUUUAGAUUCGAUAAGAUUUGCUUUAUAUAUAUAUAAAAAAUAAAUCUCACUUCGUAUGAUGGAUUUGUGGGGACCGAGAAUUAAGAUGUGAUAGAUUCCUUGUAUUUGUACUGUCUUGGUUCUUAAUAUAGGACCUGAUUGUUAAGUUAAUUUUGAUUCUAAUUA